AUGCUCAGGAGGUUGGAAAAGCGUAUAUACAUUCCGUUACCUGAUUUCAAAACUCGAGUGGAUCUCUUCGAGAAGUUUCUUAACUCGAAUACUAUUGAAUUGUAUCCGAAAGUGGACUUCCAGGAGUUGGCCGCGAAGACCGACGGUUACUCCGGCAGUGAUAUCAAGCUGGUCUGCAAGGAAGCACUCAUGUCCGCAGUACGGAAGAUGUUGCCAAAUAUGAUUGGUAAAGUCGUUAAUAAGGAUAACAUUUUGCAACAUUCAUGGCCAGCUGUUACAGCGGUAUGUGUUUACGCGUGGCGUUGUGUGGAACCUAACGCUAGCUCCGCACGCUGGCGUUGCUACAGACAGCAAAUAGGCGCCAAAUCAUGGCAUAAACCAAAAAUCCACCACUAA